AACUAAUAACGCUAUAUCUUCUCUAAAACUCUCUCCUCUGUUUAAUCCUAUCUGCCACAGCUUCCUUGCUCCACUUCACCCCCACCACACUUCUUCAACAGGGAGAGGAGGAGGAGGAUCUGGCUCUUCACCCUGCACUGCCUGCAGCUUCUCUGCUGCUCUGAUAUUCUCAAUUCCCCAAUUUUCUUUCUUUGUAGCAUCGAUUCUGAAGCUUGAAUCAUGGCUGAAAAUUUGGCGGAGCCAUUGCUAGAUCCUGAGAACUUCAAUCGAGAAGGGAUUGAUUUGGAGCGCAUACCGUUAGAAGAAGUUUUUGAACAACUUAGAACAUCAGGACGAGGACUAUCAUCAGAAGAUGCUGAAGUCCGACUGAAGAUUUUUGGCCCAAACAUGCUGGAAGAGAAGCCAGAGAACAAAUUUUUGAAAUUUCUAAGUUUUAUGUGGAAUCCCUUGUCAUGGGUUAUGGAAGCUGCAGCAAUAAUGGCAAUUGUCCUUGCCAAUGGCGGAGGGCAGGGUCCUGACUGGCAGGACUUUGUAGGGAUCAUUUGUCUACUGAUAAUCAAUUCAACAAUCAGUUUUAUUGAGGAAAAUAACGCAGGGAAUGCUGCAGCAGCACUUAUGGCUCGUUUAGCUCCUAAAACAAAGGUUCUCAGAGAUGGGCAGUGGCAAGAGCAAGAUGCAGCUAUCUUGGUACCAGGAGAUAUAAUUAGCAUAAAGCUUGGAGAUAUCAUUCCUGCUGAUGCUCGCCUGCUUGAAGGAGACCCACUAAAGAUUGACCAGUCAGCCCUUACUGGAGAAUCUCUACCUGUCACUAAGAGGACUGGAGAUGAAGUAUUUUCUGGUUCAACGUGUAAGCAAGGAGAGAUUGAAGCUAUAGUGAUAGCAACUGGAGUAAACUCCUUUUUCGGAAAAGCAGCACAUUUAGUUGACAGCACUGAAGUUGUCGGCCAUUUCCAGCAGGUCCUUACCGCCAUUGGGAAUUUCUGCAUUUGCUCUAUAGCUGUGGGAAUGAUUCUUGAAAUCAUUGUGAUGUUCCCUGUACAGCAUCGUUCAUACAGGGAUGGAAUCAACAAUCUUCUCGUUCUAUUAAUUGGAGGAAUACCCAUAGCUAUGCCAACAGUAUUAUCCGUGACACUUGCUAUUGGUUCUCAUCGACUAUCUCAACAGGGUGCCAUAACAAAAAGGAUGACAGCAAUUGAAGAAAUGGCAGGAAUGGAUGUCCUUUGCAGUGAUAAAACUGGAACUCUGACACUGAAUCGCCUCACUGUUGAUCGGAACCUUAUCGAGGUUUUUAACAAAGAUAUGGACAAAGACAUGGUUGUCUUGCUUGCAGCGAGAGCAUCAAGACUGGAAAAUCAAGAUGCUAUUGAUGCGGCCAUCGUUAACAUGCUGUCUGAUCCAAAAGAGGCACGUUCAGAUAUCGAGGUAGUGCAUUUCCUUCCAUUCAAUCCAGUGGACAAACGUACUGCCAUUACGUACAUUGAUUCUGAUGGUAACUGGCAUCGUGCCAGCAAAGGUGCUCCCGAACAGAUUCUAAAUCUUUGCAAAGAGAAACAAGAGAUUGCUGGAAAAGUGCAUGCUAUCAUUGACAAAUUUGCUGAAAGGGGCUUACGAUCUCUAGGAGUUGCUUAUCAGGCAGUUCCGGAAAGAACUAAAGAGGCUCCUGGAGGUCCUUGGACAUUUUGUGGGUUGUUACCCUUGUUUGAUCCUCCAAGACAUGAUAGUGCUGAGACCAUCCGCAGAGCACUUAACCUUGGAGUCAAUGUUAAGAUGAUUACAGGUGAUCAGUUGGCAAUUGCAAAGGAAACAGGCAGACGACUUGGUAUGGGAACAAAUAUGUACCCCUCUUCUUCAUUGUUGGGCCGUGAAAAAGAUGAAAAUGAAGCUCUUCCAGUGAAUGAGCUUAUUGAAAAGGCAGAUGGCUUUGCUGGUGUAUUCCCUGAACAUAAGUACGAAAUUGUGAAAAUUUUACAAGAAAAAAAGCAUGUGGUUGGAAUGACUGGGGAUGGUGUGAAUGAUGCACCUGCGCUAAAGAAAGCAGAUAUUGGAAUAGCAGUGGCAGAUGCUACAGAUGCUGCAAGAAGUGCUUCCGAUAUAGUCUUAACUGAACCUGGCUUAAGUGUGAUUAUCAGUGCUGUUUUAACUAGCAGAGCGAUAUUCCAAAGAAUGAAGAAUUAUACAAUAUAUGCUGUCUCCAUAACCAUAAGGAUUGUGCUAGGUUUUGUGCUUUUAGCCUUGAUAUGGGAAUAUGACUUCCCACCUUUCAUGGUUCUGAUAAUAGCAAUACUGAAUGAUGGGACCAUCAUGACAAUUGCUCAAGAUCGGGUAAAGCCUUCUCCCAUGCCAGACAGUUGGAAGCUCAAUGAAAUAUUUGCAACCGGAAUUGUCAUUGGCACAUAUCUUGCCUUGGUUACUGUUCUGUUUUACUGGGUUGUAGUGGGCACCACUUUUUUUGAGACGCACUUCAACUUAAGAUCCUUAUCUAGCAACAGUGAGGAAGUUUCAUCAGCUGUAUAUUUGCAAGUUAGCAUCAUCAGCCAGGCUCUCAUAUUUGUUACACGCAGUCAGGGGUGGUCGUUUCUAGAGCGGCCCGGAACUCUGUUGAUGUGUGCAUUUGUGGUGGCUCAACUGGUGGCAACUGUAAUUGCGGUCUAUGCAAAUAUUAGCUUUGCUUACAUCAGUGGAAUUGGAUGGGGAUGGGCUGGUGUUAUAUGGUUAUAUAGUUUGGUCUUCUAUGUACCGCUGGAUAUAAUCAAGUUCAUAGUGCGCUACGCAUGGAGUGGAGAGGCUUGGAAUCUCUUAUUUGAUAGAAAGACAGCUUUUACUUCUAAGAAAGAUUACGGAAAGGAAGACAGGGCAGCCAAGUGGAUACUUUCUCAAAGAAGUCUGCAAGGAUUGAUGUCUUCAGAAUUGGAGAAAAAUGGGAAGCGAUCUUCUUUGAUUGCUGAACAGGCUAGGCGGCGUGCUGAAAUAGCCAGGCUAGGGGAGAUACACACUCUGAGAGGACAUGUAGAGUCUGUAGUGAGGCUUAAGAAUUUGGACUUGAAUUUGAUCAAGUCGGCUCAUACAGUCUGAUGUAAAAUAGAAAAACUGUAUCACUCAGUUCUCUAGUGAAGGCAAACCUGGCAGCAUUGCUCACAUGACUAAUGUCGACUGUAAUCAGCGAAGGAAAAACCAUUUCUCAUGUAAGGUUCUGGAAAUGGCAUUGGUGAUCCAUGCAGGGUUCUCAAUUCUUUGGCUCCAAAGGUCAGGAUUGCAUCACGAAUUGGGUCUUCAGCUAUAUAAAUUAUGCUAUUUCUUAGUAGGAUUGCAAUUUUUGACAGAGAAGAGGACUAUCCUGAGCUUUGAGCUUUGGAUAUUCUUGCUUUUAUUUGCGGAGCUUUGAUGUAAUAGAUAGGCAAUUCCCAUACAAAUAAAGAAAAUCAGACUGUUCUUUUUGCCAGAAUUCAUGGAUCUUAAUAUAAGUUUGGAGUUGAGACAAUUUCAUUGUAU